AUGGCACAAACAUCCUCUCACGUCCGUGCUUCCCAAACCCAACCUAUCACCAUCCCCACGCCAAGCAAGAAGACCAGCGGAAGUGGGGCCCUACCACAAUUACCCCUAUUCUCGCUCUUAGAACCCGGCAGCCCGGCCCUCAGCGACUGCGAGUCCGCGCUGGACGAAGACGACACCGCGUACGACAUGUACCACCUACCCGCACACCACCGCAGGAACGCGCUGAGCUUCGAAGAAGGGUUCGAGUUCCCCAUGUUCCUGCGAAGGAGAAUGUCGGCGCCCCACCUGAACAAGCGGCGCUCCGCUGGGAGUGGGAAUAUGGUCCGGUAG